AUGAUGCCGCGAUGUGGGCAAUUCUGCUGUAUUGAUGAGGUGGUCGGCCAAAGGUUGGACAUCAGUGCAGUUGUUCAUUAUGGUCACUCUUGUCUUACCUCUUCUGCUUGCCGUCUUCCAAUCCUAUACGUCUUCGGUCCAGCACCUUUACACAACCCAGAGUUGACAUUUGCUUGGCUGACGAGUGAAAAAGCGAUUAGUUCAGCUCUGCGCCAGCUGACUAGUCAAAAUUUACCAACGUCUAGCCAAGUUGAAGCGACCAUCCCCUGCUCCCAGUUUCAUUCAGUUCUUUUGAUUCUGAUUUCUUACGACUUGCGUUAUCGUCGCAUGGCAUUUGCCUUUUAUCAGGCUCUCCAGAACCGAAUUUCAACAUCAGGUUGCCCUAAUAUAGCUUUAUCUUGGUCAGAGCCCGACUUGCCUUCUUCUGUUCUUGCCGAGUCACCAGAUUUAAUGCUAGAAGCUCGGUCGGUGAUUUUAACUGCGUGUGGUCGCCGCUUUUUCAGCCCUAAUUUGGAAGAUAAAAAGGUAGAUAGAUAA